AUGGCGUCAGGGGGGCCUUCGGCGAGGGGCCUGGGCCUGGGGUCCCUGGCCGCCGUCCCGGACGAGGCGCUGUGCCGCGUCCUGGAGUUCCUGGGCCCCAGGGACGUCCUGGCAGCGGCAUGCGCAUCCAAGGUGAUGCGGCUGUACUGUCUGGAGGAGGCCCUCUGGCUGAGGCUGGCGCUGGAUGCGUGCCCCAAGGAGGUCCGGUGGGCGGGAUCGUGGAGGGGGACGGCGCUGCAGGCGUGGAAAAGCAUGGGGAAGGAGAUGUUGCACGAAAUUCAGCCAAGAGCCAUCCCACAUGUGAAGGGUUUUGAAUCGAACUUCCUGUACAACCGCUGGUACCGAUCUAAUGUCGAUGUUCGGACAUUCUACCCUGCUCAGGAGUCUGUGCCACGCGUGAAUGCAGCAGGAAUGACUGCCCAAGAGUUCCAUGACAAAUUUGACACGACCAGCAAGCCUGUUGUAUUAGAAGGGCUGUUGAGGGGCUGGCCUGCCAUGUCAUGGACGAUCGAGAGCCUGGCAAAAAGACACAGCAAUGAGUUAUUCAUUGUGAAUGUGCCUGGGCAAUCCAGCAAAGACAUGAAACUUCGGGAUCUUGCAGACUACCUCCUUGGCCAGCACGAUGAGCAGCCCUUGUACUUGUUUGACAGCGAUUUUGGAGUCAAAACGCCAGACCUCCUUGGGGACUACAGUGUGCCAAAUGUAUUUGCCGACGACCUGCUUUCUGCCCUUGGCAGUGCGCGGCCGCCUUUCCGGUGGCUGCUGAUCGGGCCUCCAAGAUCAGGGGCGCCAUGGCACCUUGAUCCCACAGCCACCAGUGCAUGGAAUGCCCUCCUCAAAGGUCACAAACGCUGGGCGUUGUAUCCGCCAGGCGUCAUUCCACCAGCUGUGACCUUCACUGCAGAUGAAGACCCAUCCUCUCAAGAUGUGGACUUCUCUGGUCCAACAGCAUUGCAGUGGUUUCUGGAGGUGCUGCCCACCCUCUCGCCUGAGCAGCUGCCGGUGGAGUGUGUCCAGCGGCCAGGCGACGUCAUCUUUGUGCCCGCAGGCUGGUGGCACUGUGUAUUGAACCUGGAGGUCAGCAUAGCAGUCACGCAGAACUUCGUGUCCAGGGCAAACUUGCCUGAUGCCAUCCGCUUUAUGGCCAAGGGUCCACAUGCGUACUACUCAACAUUGUAUGGUGAGGCAGACGGGCCGAGCAGGGAUUCCGGAACAGGCAACGAUGGGGCAAGGCUGCCGACUGUGGGGUGUCCAUGGCUUGGAACCUUUCUGAAGACACUCUACACAGAGAUACCAGCGUGCAAGGAACUGGUGUGGAGAUCUGGAUGCAAUGAGCUAUGGUGCGACUACUGGUUCCAUGUCUUGACACACAUUUGUGCAGAGGCACAGUUGCCCAGUCCCCAUGAGAAGGAUAGCUUCCCUCUGGCUUUAAAGGACGACUGGGUUUUCCGCACUGGGGAGUACAUUGUCAAGAUUUUCGGGGGAAAGGACCCGCUUGAGUCCAUCCUCCGGUUGACGGCCGAGGAGCACUCCUACUCCCGGGCGGAAUCCACCCAGACCGCAGUGCAGAGCUGCAUGCCUCGCCUGAUAUCCAGCGGCCUGGCGCCGCGACGCCACACAUUCCCGAAUUCGAAGGCCAGCUGUCCGUCCCUGGAGAGAAACGGCAAGAGGCACAAGGCGGACCCCCAUGCCGACCUUCCGUACCUGGUGGUCUCGGCCUCAGAGGGAUCGCCGCUCUCGCGCUGCUUCGGUGCGCUGGAGUUCGAGCAGCAGGUCCAGGUUGCCGUCGCCUUGGGCCGGGUAACGGCCACGCUGCAUCGAAUGCUCUCUGCGCCCUGCUGCGCUGCGCUCGCCAAAACCGAAGGGAGCGAAGGCGGCGGGGCGUUAUCGAGACGCGGGCCUUCCGCGUCGUCGAACGCGACGGGCGAGGGCGAAGGGGAGCUCAGCGGCAUGGUGGCGAUCGGCGAGGGCGGGCUGCAGUUCGCGACUGAGGCGGAUCUCGCGGAGUGGAUGGGCACGCUGCUGGACGGCGGCGCUCGACUCUGGCACGCGGGCAAGGAGAGCAGAUUCUGGUGGGCAUCGGGUAAGGGUGCGUUUUCCGCUUAUGCCGAUCACAGUUCGACGAUCGCCAACCACAAAUCGGAAUUGUUCCCUGUGAACGUCCGGUGGCGUUCCGAUGUCGACGAAUCGGCGCGCCUGGGCGAUUGGUACCCCUUUGUGGCGUUCCUGCGGUGGAGGCGCGCGGCGGCGGCCGAGGAGGACUGGGCGGCGAGGGACAUGCCGCCCGGCCUCGCCGCCCAGGUGCGCGACUACCUACCCGACGACCCGGCGGAACUGCUGGGCCUUGGGGCCCGCCGGCCGGGCCCCAGGGACCGACCGCCCCGCUGGCUGCACGGCGACCUCACCCACGACAACGUACUGGUGGACUCCGCCAUCGUUAGACCGGGGUGCCCGGUCAAGACAUCCGGACUAGGGGCCCAGGUUAGCACAGCUGGACUCGAGGGCCCUGUCCAGAUCAUCGAUUUUGCUGACGCCGGGCACGGCGACCCGCUGUACGAUUUCGUGGCGGUGCACAUCUCCUCCCUGCUGUGCACCGACGCCCUGACGAGCGCGUUCCUUGGGGCAUACGACACCAGCGGGGAUGCGCUGUCCCUGUGGCCCGACAGGCGCGGCCUGCCCCUGUCGUACUGCGCCAUGUGCUACAUGCUGCUGCACGAGGAGGACGCGCUGGAGCGGGCGAUGGAGCUGAGGCCGGAGCUGGCGGAGGCGGGUUCACUGCGGCAGGUGCAGGAAGGCCUGUGGGGCGUGCUGGACCAGUGGUGGUAG